AUGCAAUUAGGAGUAGAAGCUACUUUUAGUCAUUUAGAAGGCUCAAAGGGUGAUAAACCAACAUUUUCUGCUAUAAAUUACACUGAUAUUCCACAUACUCAGGUUGGCAACAAAUGUUUAAUGGAUAAAUCAUGGAUUUCCUCUAGUAGAUUAUCAAAUGUAUAUGAUGAAGGUGUGAAUGCUUUUCUAGAGUUUGCACAAACUAAUAAUCCAAAGUUAGAUGUUAUUCCAUGCCCUUGUGUAAAUUGCAUCAAUUUGUGUCACCACUCAAUUGACAAUGUCCGUUAUCAUUUGUUUGCCCACGGCUUCGAUGAGAAUUAUAAGAUUUGGUCUUUCCAUGGAGAAAAACAACCCAAUAGUGAUUCUAGAUGCCCUAACAAUUCCAUUCCUCCUGAUGCUAUUUAUACAAAGGAUAUGCUUCAUGAUGCCUUCAAAUACGUAGACGAUGAACCUGAUUCGUUGAAAUCACUUCUUGAAGAGUGUGAUAAGCCACUUUAUGUAGGGUCAAAGUAUAAUGCACUUAGUGGAUUAUUGAAAUUCCAACAUUUGAAGGGUCAAUUUGGAUGGUCUGAUGCUAGUUUUGAUGCUUUGUUGUCUGUCCUAAAAGAUAUCUUUCCAUUAAACAAUACCAUCCCUAACUCGAUAUAUGAGUCCAAGAAGUUGCUAAAAGGAGUAGGUCUACAAUAUGAGAAGAUUCAUGCAUGUGAAAAUGAUUGUGUUCUAUUCUGGAAAGAACAUAAAGAUGCUUCUCAAUGUCCAACUUGUGGCACUUCUCGUUGGAAGAAGAAUUCCAAAAACGUACCUUCAAAAGUUUUGUGGUAUUUUCCUAUCAUCCCUAGAUUUAGAAGAAUGUUUUCAAUACCACAAAUUGCACAUGACUUAACUUGGCAUGCACAAGUUCGGGUCAAUAAUGGGAAGCUUACUCAUCCUCGCGAUACCCCUUCUUGGAAGCUUGUUGAUAACACGUGGAAAGAAUUCGGACAAGAAAAACGAAAUCUUAGAUUAGCCUUGUCUGCUGAUGGUAUCAAUCCACACAAGUCAUUAUGUUCCAAGCAUAGUUGUUGGCCGGUUAUCGUAAUAACAUAUAAUCUACCCCCUUAUUUGUGUAUGUCAAGAAAAUUCAUGAUGUUGACUCUGUUGAUAUCCGGGCCAAACCAACCUGGUAACAAUAUUGAUGUCUACUUGGCACCAUUGAUAGAAGAUCUAAAGCUCUUGUGGGCAACUGGCGUUGAGACUUUUGAUUCUCAUAAGAAAGAAUACUUCAAUUUAAGAGUAAUAUUACUUUGGAUUAUAAGUGAUUUUCCAGCGUAUGGUAAUCUUUCGGGGUGUGUUACCAAAGGUUAUUAUGCUUGUCCAAUAUGUUCAAAUAAUACUUGUUCACAAUGGUUGCCAAAGUCCAAAAAAGUAUGCUUCCUUGGGCAUAGAAGAUUCCUACCACUUGAACAUCCUUUUCGCAAAAGAAAAAAACAUUUCAACAAUCAACAGGAGCACGAUUUUAUGCCACAACCAUCAUCAGGUGAAGAGAUUUAUGACUAUCUGGCGGGAUUUGAGACUACAUGGGGUAAGAAGAUAAAGCCAAAGAAGUUGCCUGUUCGCCAUCAGUUAGAUCUCAUGCACAUAGAAAAAAAUGUGACCGAGAGUGUUUAUGGGACAGCGUUGAAUUUGCCUCACAAGACGAAGGAUGGAUUAAAAGCACGACAAGAUCUUGAAGCGUUAGGCAUCAAGACUGAAUUACGACCUGAACCAAAAGGGGAUCGACAUUGGCUUCCGCCUGCCAAGUACACAUUGAAUUCUACAGAGAAACAUCUAUUUUAUGAAACCCUGUCUAACAUAAAAGUUCCUUAUGGGUAUUGCUCUAAUUUCAAGAAUCUCGUGUCGGAUGAUGUUUCAAAGAUGAAUGGUUUGAAGUCUAAUGAUUGUCAUGUACUAAUGCAACAACUUCUUCCUUUUGCAAUCAAAGGGGUGUUAGAUGUGAAGCUGCGGAGAACAAUCCUAAGCCUGUGUCAUUUUUUCAAUGAGUUGUGUAGUAAAGUUGUUAAUGUUAGUAAGCUAGGCAAGUUGCAAAGUGACAUCGUAUUAACAUUAUGUUUGUUAGAGAAGUACUUUCCUCCUUCAUUUUUCGAUGUCAUGACUCACUUGAUGGUGCAUUUAGUUAGAGAGGUGAGGUUGUGUGGCCCGGUUCAUUUUAGGUGGAUGUAUCCAUUUGAGAGAUACAUGAAAACACUUAAAGGGUAUGUAAGAAAUCAUCAUCGACCCGAGGGUUGCAUUGCAGAGUGUUAUGUGGCAGAGGAGGCCUUAGAACUUUGUUCAGACUACUUAAAAAACAAGAAAUCAAUUGGCAAUCCUCAUGAACGUGUUGAUGAAAGAAUUCGCAGUGGCAAGCCUUUAUCAAAGGUUACAAUUGAUGCUGUAGAUGCUUAG